AUGGCAGUGGGAUUAAUCUUGGCCUAUUUGGAAAAGUAAAAUUAUUAUAAAAAAUUAGUUACUUAUCUAUGAGUGGUCAAUAAAUACUACUACUUGAAAACUAACAUUAAAUCAAAAAAAUUGAUCAUUUUUAUUUGAUUUUGAGGAAAGAUUUAUAAUCAAAAUGA